CAAACAUUUGGGGUCCUUUUACUUCACGUGUGCGACUGUUGCUGUAGCAUCGUGAGAGGUGACCAUGCCGAAAUCAAAGAGGGAUAAGAAAAUUUCUUUAACGAAAACCGCCAAGAAAGGACUGGAGUUAAAACAGAAAUUAAUCGAGGAGUUACGGAAAUGUGUGGACACCUACAGAAACCUGUUUGUAUUCUCUGUGGCCAAUAUGAGGAACAACAAACUGAAAGACAUCAGGACAGCGUGGAAACACAGCAGAUUCUUCUUUGGCAAAAAUAAAGUCAUGACGGUUGCCUUGGGUAAAGGAGAAACAGAUGAAUACAAAGAUAAUUUGCACAAGGUCAGCAAAUGUUUACGAGGAGAAGUGGGCAUACUAUUCACAAAUAAAACAAAGGAUGAGGUCCAAGAGUAUUUCAGUCAUUUCAAAGAAAUGGACUAUGCACGGGCAGGCAACCAAGCACAGAUGGACAUAACCCUGGAUGAGGGACCCCUGGAACAGUUUACUCACUCAAUGGAGCCUCAGUUGAGGCAGUUGGGACUUCCCACUGCUCUCAAGAAAGGAGUGGUAACACUGCUGAAGGACCAUGAAGUGUGUAAGGAGGGAGAUGUGCUGACUCCUGAGCAGGCUCGUAUUUUGAAACUCUUUGGUAUUGAGAUGGCAGAAUUCAAGCUGCAGAUCAAAUGCAUGUGGAAUUCAGAAACGGGUGAAUUUGAGAACAUUGCUGGUGAGGAAGAGUCUAUGCAGGAUGAUGAAGAUGAUGAUGAUGCAGAAUGAAAUCUCUGCUAGGACUUGUACACAUCUGUUUUAAAAGUCUUUCUUUGUUAACCUUCAACACCAGAGGGACAUGGAUGAUGAAUCCAUUCAUUCUGGCUGCCUGUGCUGCCCCUGGAGUCUGUAAUCUCUGUCCUUUGUUUAACUAAAAUGAUGAAUUGGCUUUGGAUGAAAAUGUUAACAGCUGUGACUGGAGUCAAGUCAAUGUUGACUCAAUUUGUUCUGUCAACAAACCAACCCACUUGAUGCAUUUUAUGUGUUU